GAGUGAAUCAGUGUUUGCAGCUAAAAGCUGCGGCCACACUGCUGCUUGUCCGGGUGUAAUCCACCGUUAUCCUGCCGUGGAGGUCAGUCAGGUCGCGGUGUGGUACAGGCCAGCAGAGACCGUCGCUCCGGGGACUUUAAAGUGAAUCCCACAUGCCGUUUGUUUGGUAUGGCACAACUGACCCUAAAAGACACAGAAGGCUAUGAUGAGCAGCUCCACAGCGAUGCUGAGUUUCUGUGCUCUCAUCAGAGGAUGGACACUGAACUGGUUGACAGACUGGUGCUGCAGCUCAACAGGAUCUACCCCCAGACACUCAGUGACAAGGAAGCCUGCAAGUUUAGAAGCCUGAGAGUCCCCACUAAAUUGCGGCUAAGUGAACUGCUGAAGUACCUGCAUGGGAAAGGUGACGAUGCAUGCUAUGAGUUCUACAGAGCACUUCACAUCCACGCUGAGGAUGUUUACUUCAGCUUGCCUACUAGAAUCAGACAAAGAGAGAUGCCUGAUUCAAGAAGUACUAUCAUCCCAGACCGAUUUGAGCUUAACGACAGAGGACCAAUUUUCUUCCUCAGUUGUUUUAGCUUUGCAGUUGGCAUUGCAAUUCUCUAUUAUUACAGAGAGAGUCAGAGACUCAGAUGCAUAGAAGCGUUCCUUCACUGCUCUGCAGUAAAACUCAGUAAAGAUGCUAAGGACAUUUUUAUUUCCUAUGUGGAGGUCAGAAAGCAGAAAUAACAAGGCUGAAAUGCUUCAGAAGAACAAGCUGUGCAAGUUUGCUGUGCCAAACCAGUUUUACGUCUACCUCUGUGGAGCACUUUUGUAUCGUUUCUGCUUGGGUUUGUUGGUAGAAAAAUGCAACCAACACAAAUUUUUAAGUCACAUUUAAACCACAUUUUGACUGAAAAGCACAGUUAUCACUAAAAUGGAAGUUGCUUUCAUUAAUUAGAUGGCUAUGCAGUUUUUGAUAUUGAAAACAUGUUGAAUAAAACUGAUAACACCCGCUGUAGCUAACAUAUUGCUGUUAUUACCCUAAAUGUAAUGCUGUAAGUUUGUCAGAAAAAAAGACCAACCUUUGAUCAGUGAAUGUUUUUUUUUAUCUCUCUCUCUCUUUCUGGCUCUUGUCUUAUAAUACAUGUGUGUUCUGCCAGUUGCCUGUGUCCAGUAGAGAUUUACUGUUAUGUUGCUGCCAUUGAUUUUAAUGUAGGAAGCUUUUUCACAGAGAAAUCAAUGCAAUCAUUAGAGAUGUACCAAUCAUCUGGCCAGAGUACGAAAUCGACUAAUUUUCCGUUUAACCAUCUCUAACUGGUGAUCAGCAGAAUAAAUACCUAAAAAAAGAGAUUGUUUUUUACAAAUCAUUAAAAUCUUCAAAACCAAGAAUUCCCAAAAUUUCCUUUCAUGAAUUCAUCAACCAGCAGUAUGUACCUUGAUACACUUUUUUAUUUUAUUAAAAACUGAGAAAGGUUAGGGACAUGAGCUUUUUUCCUUAAGCUUGCAAUCCCUUUUCUGUUGGAUUCAGAACUACUGCCUAUAUCAAGGAACCUGCAGCAGAUUUUGUUUGUUCCGCUCUAUAUGUUAUUUUCCAAGAAUCACAAUCAGAUCAGAAUUGGCAGGGCAGAGCUAAAAAAAAAUCAGAAAAUGGUAUUGACCAGGAAAACUACGAUUGGUGCAUCUCUAGAUCUUACAAAAGACUGUUGAAUUUCCUAUGUCUGGAGAGCUGUUAAUUGUUUUAGGCUAAACAUACCAUGAUUAUAUCAACAUGCUGAUGUAACUCCUAAAAACAGUUUUCUGUCCCUCUGAUUCAGUAGUGCCAAACUCCAGUGCUCGGAGUAUAGGCCCUGCAACUUUUAGAUGUUAUCUCCUCAGCAUGCCUGAAAGGUCAUCUAAACGGUGCAGGACAACCAUCACCCUCAACAGGCUGGUGUUUAACAACCCUGCUUUAAUUCUUUACUUGAGUAGCAUAACUUUCCAUAGCACAUGUCUGUUAACGUGUCCUACACAUUUUCUUAAAUGCACAAUACCUUUCUGUUAAUAGUAGUGCCUUCUAAUGAUUUUCUAAUAUGCAAACAUUUACUGGGGUAUGCUUAAAAAUGAGGAAAUAAAGUAUAAAAAUAAGCAGUUUUGGGACUUCAUUUUAUUCUUUAGCAGUAACAAAAAACUUACAGAUAAAUGUUGGUCUGUGAUGACAGAUACAUUUAUGUACAUUUGUCUGCAACUACCCCCAAAGUGGUGUAGUAAUAAAUGCAUUGUGGUAUUAUGCAUACUGCAUACUGCUUGUACUUAAGUAGUGUAACAUGGUUUAUGAAGCUACUGCUUCUCUUUGCACCAGAGGGCGCUGCUUUUUCAUUCUCCACAUCAAAUCGUGACACAAUGUUCUAGUCUGCCUUAUCGAUGACAAUGAGAAGCAACAGAGACAUAAAUUAAUAAUGAGAAACUGGAUGAGUAAAGUUAACUCAAGCUAAGGCAGCAUUAAAUACAUUUACUUAAAUGCACAGGUGAGACAUGAGUGCAGGAUGCAUGCAUUUAAAAAUGGCUUGAAACUCUUUCUUGUAAUAACUCUUGAAUAAAUAUGGCUACAUCAGGGGCAUGGAGAAGGGCUCAGGCGCCUAAUCGUAUGAUAUUUCCUGCUUUCUUCAAUAACAUUAUUGUUUUUCUGGUUCACAAAAUCUAAAACGCCUCAUUGAUUACCAGCAUACUGAUCUUUGACCCUCACAGAACAACUGUGUUAAACCUUAGGCAAGAAGAGUCACAAACUUGGCAUCCAAAUUAGAAAUUAUUGUUAUUGUUCUCUUUUCUAAACAGGGUGAAAAGUAUAUAUACAGGGUCAACCAUAUACAUGAUUAGUUCUGGCUGGAAAUCGGACUGCUAUUCUUAUCAGAAUUGGUAGAGCUCUAAUACAUCUGCUUAACUUCCUGGCAUGGACCUGUCUUUUAAGUGUAGUCCAUACAUUUAUUAUUAUUUUCUUUUUUUUUUUACAAAAUUUGGUCUUUGCUUAGGCAAUUCUAGAGGUUUAAUUUUAGCUCCUUUGUCCAUUUCAAAUUCAGUUUUGAGGUGUUCAUUGGUGUUCACCGUUCACCGUACAUACAGGCUUUUAAGCAUCGUCCCCAAGCUUUCAGUAGGAUUGAUGUUGGGGCUCUGUGGAAGUCCUUAGGGGACCUUAAUGUAUACUUUUCUUCAUGAUCUAGAUGUGCUUGGGUUGUGAUUUUCUUUUGCAUGUAUUUUGAUGAUCAUCUUGUUGUCAUGUUCAUAUUCAGUUCAUUUCUCUGUGUUCAUUAGUGUAUGUUAGUAGGAGUCUCUUUGUUAGUUCAUGCAUUUGUGUUUAGUUUCUUAGUUUAUUCUUAUGUCUUUUGUACAUUUGGAAUUGUUUCUGUAAGAUCUGUCAGACUUUUCUUCUUGGUUUUAUAGUUUCUUUGUGUGUUAGUUCAGUUCCUAUCAGGUUAAUUGGUCUCCUUCUCUCAGCUUCCUUGCCUUCCUCUGUCUCAGCUGCUUCUCAGUAUCCUCUGAUUACUCACCGGCUUGCUUUGUCAUUCUCCACUUGUCCCUCAGUAUAUUAGCUCUUUGGCUCACAUUGUCCUCCACUGGAUGGUUCUGUUACUAUCCCUGUUUCCAUGCCUGUUUGUGCUGAGUUGCUCUGCUUGUCUAUGCUCCAUUUUCUGAUCUCCUCAAGCUGUGCUAUAAGUUAUUUUUCUUUUAUUUAAUUAAACUACUCAACUGAU